ACCGGCGGUGCCUCGGAAGGCGCGGACAGCGAUCGGGAAGCGUCCUGCGGAGGUAUCGAUGGCAGCAGUGGCGGAGUCGGGUGGUGGUGGUGGAGGAGGCGGGGCGGGUGCGGUGGGAGGUCCGUCGAGCACACCGUCGUCGUUAUCGAUGGUGUCGUUAAAGCCAGGGAAACGGACGAAACCAAGCGGGUCGAAACAGCGGAAUCACAAGUUGCCCAAGGUUACGACUCCAUCUCUCGUGUCGGAGCAAGAAGUGGAAGUGGCGGAGGCCCUGUUUGACCUGGCAAGAAUGUUCACGCAGCCUGCUGCAGCUGUAGUGGAAUCGAAGCCUGAGCCGAGAGUGAUACAUAGUGAUUUGAAAUCGGAAGCAAAAUUGGAGAGGAAAAUCUCAAGUGGUUCUGGGAGCAGCCUACCACCUCACCCUAGCAAUGGACCCGCGGUUUCCUCGUCGGUUUCGGCUGCGGGUCCUGCAGCAGGUGCAGCUGUUGCGGGAACUGUGAGGAGUUCCUCACCUGUUUCGGCUUCGGCCGCGUCACCGAUGUCUUCACCUCCAACAGGGGCUUCGUUUGCAGAGGUCACGAAGAGGAAGCGUCCUCGGUUGAGAACUCGAACAGACGACGGUGGGUCUCGGCCGAAGACGGGUGCGAUGACAGCGAGUAUCGCAUUAAGUGCUGUCCAGGUGAAGGAUGCGAAUCAAAGCUCAAGCCAGGGACCUACUGCGGAGAGAGGCACUGUGAAAUUAGAGGGCAACGUUUCUGUGACACCCAUUGUUUGCGCGAUCUCUAACAACGUGGCAGAAACAGCGAGCAGCGCACCCAAUGUCGCGGUCGCAUCGAGUGGCGUGGCUGCCACUGUUACGGCAUCCCGAGGUGGUGUAGCGGAUGUAUCGACCCCUCGGACUGAUAACAAUGGUAUGGAAAAGAAGGUUACGCUAUUGGAGAAGACUAUUACCCAAUGUAAUGGUGAAGUGGAAGCUCCAAGCUCUAAUUUACUGGAGAAAGGAGUUGAAGGGUCUUCGGUUCGAGAGAAAAAGAUUGGGAUGAGCGAAUGUUCUGGUUUUGGAACAGGCCCGAACACAUCGGUGGAUGUUGCACUGAGCGCGAGUGUUAUUGCAGAGGAAACAAUUACGAAGACGGAGCUUGGCAAGAGGACUCCUGAACUGGCAGCGGAUAUAGGUCGACAACCAAAGCGAGAAAUAGACCUGAUGGUGGCUCCAAGUAAUCUUGAAGAUGCUUCGAGCAGUGAGAAAUACUGUGAAGGGGAGGUAGGAGAUGUUCGUGAAGCAACUGAGAAGCCUGCGGUGUUUGGCCAGGUUGAUUUGGCAAUUGCAGUGAAUGUGGACAGCAGUCGGGCUGAAACAAGACAACACACUGAAGAGUCAGAUCUUGCCGAGAAGGAAAAAGCGAAACAACUCAAGAAAGACGAAGCUAAAGACAGGGAGCAGGAGUUGGAACGUAGUCGUGCCGAAAAUGACCGUCGGCGAGAAGCUAACAUUCAGAGAGAGUCGGCAAGAGAGUUGUCGAAGCAGCGAGCAAGGGAGAUGGAAAGAGAGUUCACGGAAGCGAUAAAGGUUGCUACGCAAAAGUCGUCCAAUACAAUCAAGGGCGAAAACGAAAGGGUUCAAAAGGCUGAAAAAGCAGGGUUAGGUCCUUCAGCCACUACGUCGACAGUAUCUGUCCCUGCUCCUCCAAUUGCUAUAAGUUCUGCAGCUACUGGGCGCGCACAUUCAGCGGUUUCGUCCAAAUCUGUGGGAGUCCUGGGCUGCACCGCAGAAAUCACUAAGAGCAUCCCUGGAAGUUUAGGGUACUUUCCCACCCCAGCACCUGCAGCAGUUCCCGAGGUUCCGUACAUUGUGCCUCAGCGGGCAGCAUGGAAGCGGUGCGCUCUUCACGUGUACAUCGCGCACUUCAUCGACUUGCAGCAGCAAUUGAAGCAGCAUCAAAGUUUCUUCGGUGGUCCGAACCAGGGGUACUCGAAGUCGUACAACUUGAACGUGGCGGUGGGUGGUUCGGACGCGGUGUUAGGAGGCGCAGUCGGUAGUCCGAUGGUGGGCGGCGUUGGAGCGGGCGGCGCGGACGUGGAUGCGACGGAGCGUGGGCUGAACGCCGCCGCAAUGGCUGCAGCAGCAGCCGCGAGCAUGCAGGGGGCGAAGGAGCGGGCGCACGGGGUGGGGGUGGCGGGGCGGAAAUCGCCAGGUGGGGAGCAACACGGCGGGCAGCAGGCGGCGGGAUUGUCAGUGCAGGUGGGAGUGGGCGGAUUGCGAUGGGAGGGAGUGAUGGAGUGGGUGGGUGAAGUGGAGGGAGUGGAGGUGGGAUGUGUUGGGACGGGGUCGGUGGGGAGCAACGGCGGCGUGGCGUCGGCAGCAGUGCAAGCUCAGUACAUGCAGGCGAUGAUGCAGCAGCCGUCGGGAUAUCCGUUCGGGCAGUUUCCGGGUCACUAUGGGGCGGUAUCACACACGGGUGUGCAGCAGGCAGCGGCGCAGUUUUUCGCGGCGGGCGGGCCGUACUUCACGCAUCACAUGGUGGCGCAUGGUCAACAGGCGGGAGGAGGUGGAGGUGGAGGUGGGGUGGGGAAGCAGCAGGGACAAGGGGGUCGAGGGUAUGGAGGUGGGGGGAGUGGUGCGCAGGGUCUGGGGAGCCAGGCGGGUUCGCAUUCGCAUUCGCAUUCGCAUUCGCACGCGGUGCAACAGGGGCAGCAGGGGGGUACGAGGGCGGGAGAGAGGGAGGGAUCGACAGCGGGGGAGAAUGGGUCGUCGGGUGAGAGCAGGAUGUCGAUGGUGCGGGGUGGGGGAGGGUACGGGCAGGGAGUUGGGAGCGCGGGGUCGGGGUUGGGAAGCGGGAGUAUGGGAGGCGGGGGAGGCGUGGACUGUAAGCUGAUGGUGGGGACGGGGAAGGGGUCGAAGGGUCGGGAGCAGCAGAGGCAGGGGCAGGGGCAGGGGCAGGGGCAAGGAGGCGGGGGUAAAGGAGGGGAUGGAGUGUCGAGCGGGGGGCAUGGGAUGAGCAUGGGAGGGGCGAUGAACAGAGGGGCAUCAGUGGGACCGGGACCUUUGGGACUGGCACCUGUAGCGGCAGUGAUGGCACCACAAGGGCACGCGAUGAUACAAAGCAUGGCCGAGAGUGGGAGGGGGCAUCAGCAAUUGAGUGGAAGUAUUUCGCUGGAGCAGCAGCAGCAGCAGCAUCAUCAUCUUAUGCAGAUCCACCAUUCACAGCAGCAGUAUGGUGUGAACCAGCAACCUCAGAUGCAGCAGCGUUCCGCACAGAACCCUAGAAAUGCAGUCGUAUAUGUUGAAGAUGGUCUUGGUGGUAAAGAUGGGACCUAUACCAGUAGCAUUGGUCGGGUAUCUGAGCGGGAGGUUUUGGAGGAUCGAAAAUUGCAUAACAAGAGAUCUUCUGGAGCAUCGUCUCCUUUAUCCAGAGAGUCGGAUAGCUCUAGUGGGAUGCAAUCUCUCAGCGCCGGAGGGGGUGGUAUAGCUUCUUCUCGAUUAGCUGGGAGUCCGUAUCACCCGAUGGGUUCAGUUUAUGCUAACAUGGCGUCAAGGCCGAGUGGACAAUCGGCAUCUAUGAGUGGUACGGCUCCCGUUCAGUCACAGGUGUUGGCAGGGCCGAAGUCCGGAGUUGCUAGGUUGAAAAGCACCGGAGCCUCAGCUUCCGCAUCUCCUGUUACCCUGCACAUGACUUCACAGGCCUCGUUUGCCGAGUGUAAUCCUGGGUCGAGUGGAGCAGUAACAAGUACGGCGGUGCAAAACGCUUUUGGAUGCCAAGUAGGGAAGCCAAGCGAGGCUGGGCAGCAUACUCAGAUGAAACUGAACCAGAGGUCAACACCCGCCGCCCUGCCGGGUACGACUCCUCUUCCUGCAGUUUCAGGGACAGACUUUCAAGCAGUUUUAGCAGCUGCGAUGGUGAAGAGUUCUCAAGGUCAGUCGACACAGCGGGCAACACAGCUGGGUGGAAACAUAAAUGCUGGGUCUAAUUCAAGGAGGAGAACUGCGAGGGCAGGUUCUCCGGUGUCUUCGGCUGGAGUUCCUCUGUCCCCGAUGGCUCCGCCGUCGAAGAGUUCUGGGUUGAAUUCUGCGAAAAGCUCGUCGUCUCAGAAGUCGUCGUUCCCUGCUUCCCAGAAGGUGGUUGUGGGUGCAGCUAGUGGUGGAGGGAAGCGAGCUUCCUCUAUUUCGUCCGGGUAUCCUGUUCCAUCGAUCUUGAGUUCUAGUCUUAUGGCUCAGAGCACGUCUGGUAAAAACUCGCAGCAACCACAGAUGCAUGUGAAAGGCCAAGGACAAGGUCAGGGACCGCAGCAGCAUGUUGGUUAUCAGUCACAAGGCUCAGCGCAGGGACCUUCGCAGUUGCAGCAGCAGUUUCAUCAGCAACAAGUGCAGCAGCAGCAGCAGCACAUGAUGCUGCUGCAAAAGCAUCCGAUGCUCCACCAGCAUAUCUUUCAUCAUCAACACUUGCAUCAGCAGCAACAGCCUUCCCACAUACAGGGAUCCCAAGGUGUCGCCCACCAAUUGCAAGAAUCCCCACAAGCCACACCGCAUCAACAACAGCCUGGUUCGGGUCCUCAGACCUACAAGCCUUCGUCUCAACAUUUGCAGCAGGCGCAGCAGAUGCAGCCACCACAGCAGCAGUUUGCGGGUGGCGGUGGAAACGGUAGCUUGGCAUUGAGCCCUGGGGUGUCAGUGGGCGCAGGAAGCAACAGCAGUGAAGGUGGCGGUGGGCGGAGCAGCACGAAUGCAGAUGCAGGGGGAGGUGGUCCGAACGGGAGGUCAUGUGAGAGUGCGAAGCAAGGCGGGGGUGGGAGCGUGGGAAUGGUGAAUGCGGGAGGUCAGCGGAAUGGUGGGUACGUGCAGCAGUAUGGAGGUGGCGGUGGUGUGUCGUCGGGUGAGCAGCAGUCGGGCAGUGGUGGGAGCGGCGGGCCGUCAGGUUAUAACGAGGGGAAGUCGAAGUCGGGUGCGGCGGGAAGAGAUGGGGGGCAAAAGGCGGUGAAUGAGAUGCGGGUGGCGCAAGGUGCGAUGGCAGGGAGGGGCGCGUCGACGAUGGGAGGCAGCCCCGGGGCGCAGGGUUCGUCGCAGCGAGGGCAGGGGGGUGGGGGAAGUGGGAGUAAAGGGGGGAUGGGACAGGCGAGCAAUUUGGGGGAUGUUGGGCAGUCGCGGACGAGCGGGAUGAUGUCGAGCUCGAUGAGCGGGGGGGGUGGGAGUGGCGGGAGUAUGUCGAACGGGCAGAGCAAGAACAGCAGCAGCGGGAAUGUAGAGAGUGGAGGAGACGGGAGGGGUGGAACGAAUGAGGGUUCGUUACAGCAGGGAGGUGGGAGCGGGAGCCAUGGUGCGGGAGGGGGUGGAGUGGUGGGGAGCAGUCCAAUAGCAGGGAUGGGUGGUCAGGCUCCGACGAGUGUUGUACAGCAGUGAGUCGGUGGAGAAAGUUUUUCUUGCAUGCGUCGCAGUGCAGAUUUUAUUCGUUGAAUGUGAUGAUUACGAGGGUGAUGAACGCAUCAUGGCACCUUAUUGUACAAGAUUCUCAGAAUUUAGAGCUAGGAGGGGACGGAGAUAUGCUAAUUGAGAUUGGAGCGACGUGGAUCGUACCUCGUAGAUUAGAUAUGAGCAUGUCUGUGGGAAGAAGGUGAGCUAAUUUAAUGGAAAGAUGUAUAAUUGGGUGUGUUUCACCAUGACCUGCAAUGAGCAGUGAAUUUCUCGUUGGAGGUGAAUUGACUGAAAUGAGGCUGACAAGCUUGGCAACGCUGGAUAGUAUUACGGUUA